AUGUCUCAAGGCUCUCAGAGGCGUUCUUCACCCGUAUACGACGACCCCGAAAGGAACAACAGGAUGGAAUCCAGCUCGCGAGGAUAUCAUACAAGCAGCGCGAGUCAUAGUGGAUAUAGCAACUACCAAAGUGGUCCAACCGAUCUCGAGAACGAUGACCAACCACUGCCCCGACGAUCUGCACCCCCCAAAGCGAAAGAAAGCUCUUCCAGGCGAUCCCCUUCACCACCUCUUGUAUUCAGAGGUAGCCUUGUGCCUCCGAAAUCUUCACCUCCUCCACCCUCCCGACGCACCCAACCAAGGGAGGAAUACCUUGUAACAUCUCUCCAACCCUCAACACCCCUACAGGAUGCAACGCUAUCACGAAAACUCAUCGUCCUCGACCUGAAUGGCUCCUUACUCCUCCGGAGCGCCCACAAGCCUCGACAUCCACACCGCGGGGGGCCACAGAAAGGACAGCCAAAUGGCCGCUGGGAUCCCUACGCCGACACCUCCCAGCUCCGCCCACUGCGUACGGUGCACCCACGACCGUACCUAGGCGCGUUCAAGGCGUACAUCCUGCACGAGGCCACGAAGAAGUGGCUUGACACGAUGGUCUGGAGCUCGGCACAGCCGCAUAGCGUGGCGGACAUGGUGGACAAGUGUUUUCAGGACAGGAAGGAUGAGUUGAGGGCUGUGUGGGCGAGGGAUACACUUGGGUUGACAGGGGAUCGUAAAACACAGACGCUGAAGGACCUCGAGAAGCCGUGGUCUGAACUUCCUUCGCCGCAUAUACCUACCCCCAAUUCCCUUUCAUCCGACAUCGAACCCAUCGCCCACAAUACUUCCAAUCCUAGCACUGAGCAUGCAACGUCUUCAUCGUCUAAGCCGUCAUUACAAACCCAACACACCCAUUCAGCACAAACAACACUCCUAAUUGACGACUCUCCUCUCAAAGCAGCCCUACAACCAUGGAACCACCUCUGCAUCCGCGAAUACGUGCAGGAGAUGCGGCGCUGGGACCUCGGUGUCGCAGAUUGGGAAGUUGCGCGUGCUAAGGCCCGUGAGGCUCGCGAAGCAAAGGAGGAAGCGGAGAAGGAGGCUGAGCGAAGGAGGGAGGCAGAAGCACAGGAUCCUGAAUCGUCCGUUUCGGCUCCGGCUUUAGAGCAGCAAGCGGUCGAGGGGCCAUCACAAGCACAUGAGGCUGAGGCCGAAGCUGAAGACGCGGCCGCCGAGGACUCUGCUGAGAAGCCGACCAAGAAGAGAAAGCUGAAGCGCUUAGUGAAGAGAGAGGCCGUGCAACGAGCGAAGGAGGAGAAAGAGCGCGAGGCACUGCUCGCGAUGGCCGAUAUCGAGGAUGGAGAAGACAUAGAUGUGGAAGAGGCACUUGCGAAGCUCAAGGCAAAGAUGCGGUACGAUGAGACGCUACUAGCUGUCGUUGGUGUGUUGGAUCGGAUAAAGCAUGAGAGCAACGUCGCGGGCUGGAUGAGAGCUGGGGGAUUGUUGGACAUCGAGCUGCUUGCGGAUACUGGUGAGGACACGAAGGCUCCAGAACCGAAGGCUAGCAGCGAGCCUACACCUGAAACCUCACAUCUUCAAGCACAUGAAGCCCAAAGCAGGAGCGAUUCGCCAGCGGGUACUCCCACACCCGCAAAACGACGACGCGUCGGCUCCUCCCCCCAACCUGAAGAAAAGAAUGGCGAACCCGAGAUGGACGUGGAACUCCGCUCCUCCUCACCACCUCCCAUGCCUCCGCCAUCCUCUGAGCUCACUUCAUACGCCGAUCGGUCUUCCUCACCGGCCCCAGAGCCGAUGGACGACCAGGCAGUAGAGGAGCGGGCAGCGACAGGCGUGCCGCUCGAGUUCGAUGUUCAUGCAUCUGGGCCAGAGCCUACACGUCUCCACACGGCGAACGGGGACGCACAUAAGAGUCUGAACCCGAGUCUCUGGUACGAAAAGCCUGAGGUUAUGACUUAUUGGGCCGAGCGUGGACGCCGGGCGCUCAAAGAGCUUGGGAUCGAGGUGGACAGUGGGGUCGUUCCUGCCCCAGGUGGACUUCAGCACUAG